GUCCGCUUUCUCUGUCGUUCUCUCUCCUUUACACGCGGUUGAGGAAGCCGGUAGGCCUGAGUAGCUCCUGCUGAAUAAUGCCGGGAAAACUCCGCAGUGGGUCCAAGUUGGGGUCGGACGAGGCCGAGGAGAGCAUGGAGACUCUGCCGAAGCCAAGCGAGAAGAAAACUAAAAAAGAGAAGCCAAAAUCUAAGACCGAAGAAGCAACAGAAGGCAUGGAAGAGGCCACUUCCUCCAAAGCGAAAGCAGCUAAAAAGAAAGGGCCUUCUGAAGAUGAUGUGGAGCCCCCUAAACCCAAGAAGGCCAAGAAGCAGGAGGAGGAGCCUCAAGAUGACACUGCUUCAAAAAGCAAAACCUCCAAGAAGAAGAAGGAGCCCCUUGAGAAGAAAGCAGCCUCCACUAAAACCAAAGAGAGAAAAACCGAGGAGCCUUCCGAAGAAGAGGCAGACGCUCCUAAGCCCAAGAAGAUGAAGAAAGGGAAGGAAGCAAAUGGAGACAUGGGAGAGAAAAGCCCCAGGCUGAAGAAUGGACUCUCCCAUUCCGAACCAGACUCCAACCCUGAAGAAGCUCCUGCUGAAGAGAGCAGUAGCGAGACAGAGAAGGAAAUACCCAUUGAAGAGAGAGAAGGAGCUUUCUCUAAUUUUCCCAUAUCUGAAGAGACUGUCAAGCUUCUCAAAGCUCGUGGGGUGAACUUCCUGUUUCCUAUACAAGCCAAGACAUUCCACCAUGUGUACAGUGGGAAAGACUUAAUUGCCCAAGCACGGACAGGAACUGGGAAGACAUUCUCCUUUGCCAUCCCUUUGAUUGAGAAACUUCAAGGUGGGCUACAGGACAGGAAGAGAGGCCGAGCCCCUCAGGUGCUAGUUCUUGCACCUACGAGAGAAUUAGCAAAUCAAGUGAGCAAAGACUUCAGUGACAUCACCAAAAAGCUCUCAGUAGCUUGUUUUUAUGGUGGCACUCCCUACGGUGGUCAAAUUGAACGAAUGCGGAGUGGGAUUGAUAUCCUGGUUGGGACCCCAGGUCGUAUUAAAGACCACUUGCAGAAUGGCAAGCUAGAUCUCACCAAACUUAAACAUGUUGUGCUGGAUGAAGUCGACCAGAUGUUGGAUAUGGGUUUUGCUGACCAAGUGGAAGAAAUUUUAUGUGUGGCAUACAAGAAAGAUUCUGAAGACAACCCCCAAACAUUGCUUUUCUCUGCAACUUGCCCUCAUUGGGUGUUUAAUGUUGCUAAGAAAUACAUGAAAUCUACAUACGAGCAGGUGGACCUGAUUGGUAAAAAGACUCAGAAAGCAGCCAUAACUGUGGAGCACCUGGCCAUUAAGUGUCACUGGACUGAGAGAGCAGCGGUGAUUGGGGAUGUGAUCCGAGUGUACAGUGGUCAUCAAGGGCGCACGAUCAUCUUCUGUGAAACCAAGAAGGAUGCCCAGGAGCUGUCGCAGAACACGUGCAUAAAGCAGGAUGCCCAGUCCUUACACGGUGACAUUCCACAGAAGCAAAGGGAAAUCACCCUGAAAGGUUUCCGAAAUGGCAAUUUUGGAGUUUUGGUAGCAACCAAUGUUGCUGCCCGUGGGUUAGACAUCCCUGAGGUUGACUUGGUUGUUCAGAGCUGUCCACCAAAGGAUGUGGAGUCUUACAUUCAUCGUUCGGGACGGACAGGCAGAGCUGGAAGGACAGGGGUUUGCAUCUGCUUUUAUCAGCACAAGGAAGAAUACCAGUUAGCGCAAGUGGAGCAGAAAGCGGGAAUUAAAUUUAAACGGAUAGGCGUUCCUUCUGCAACAGAAAUAAUAAAAGCCUCCAGCAAAGACGCCAUCAGGCUCUUGGAUUCCGUGCCUCCCACUGCCAUUGGCCAUUUCAAGCAGUCGGCUGAGAAGCUGAUUGAGGAGAAAGGAGCUGUAGAGGCCCUGGCCGCUGCUCUGGCCCACAUCUCAGGGGCCACAUCGGUCGACCAGCGCUCCCUGAUCAACUCACAGGCGGGCUUUGUGACCAUGAUCCUGCGGUGCUCUAUCGAGAUGCCCAACAUUAGCUAUGCUUGGAAAGAACUUAAGGAGCAGCUGGGUGAGAGCAUCGAUGCCAAAGUCAAGGGGAUGGUCUUCCUCAAAGGAAAGCUGGGAGUUUGUUUUGAUGUCCGCACUGAAGCAGUCACAGAAAUACAGGAGAAGUGGCAUGAUUCCAGACGCUGGCAGCUCGCCGUGGCCACCGAGCAGCCGGAGCUGGAAGGACCCCCGGAAGGAUAUCGAGGCGGCAGGGGUCAGCGGGAUGGCAGCCGUGGUGCUUUCAGAGGACAGCGGGGUGGAAGCAGGAACUUCCGGGGACAGGGACAGCGAGGAGGAAGUAGAAACUUCAGAGGACAGCGACCAGGAGGUGGCAACAAAAGUAACAGAUCCCCAGGCAAAGGCCAGAAGCGGAGCUUUGGUAAAGCCUUUGGUCAGUAAGUAGAGACCAGAAGGAACUGUAACCACUGUGGACUCGAGGGCCUGUCCUGCUGUCAAAGACCCCAGGGCUUCCUUCCCUUUAUCAUUUCUCAGCCCCCCCUUCCUUGCAGAGAGAGGCUUCUGAACUGUCUGACUGACCAUCAUAAACUGCCUUCAUUUUGAAAAGGGAUAGGAAUUGAUUGCAUCAUUUUCCAAAAUACUUCUAGGUUUACAAAGUAAAGCCCACUAUGGACCUGCCUAUCUUUGUGUGUUGAUCUUACAAUUUGAUCUUUGUGUGUGUGCACUCUCCGGGGCCUAAACUCAGAAACACACAUGCAGAGCAUGCUCACACCCUACAGCUAAACUACAUCUCUAGUCUCUAUACGUGUCUACUCAUAUCCUACAAAGAAAGUCCCUUACUGGGUGCCUCAGUCUCUGGAGGACCACACGAGCCAGGGCGGAUUAAUUUUGCAUUCCUUGGCAUCCUCCUCACAAACAGUUGCUGUGUUUAUAUGUGUUGGCUGAGGUUUGAUGCUGAGCAGUGCUUUUCAAAAGCCAUUUCAGACUUAGCUCAUAUGAAGAGUUUCUGUCAGGUCUGGAUGUUGAGGGUAGAAUGCAGACAGCAUAGAUUUCACUCUAUAGUGUCUUCACACACUGUUUAUUAGGUGACUUGUGUGCCAGUGAAUUCUCCAGACAAGUGUAUACAGAAGCACAUUUUCAUAGGUCCCAAUGACUAUAAAGUUCAGGCCCAAAUGCCUAACGUGUCCAGAUUUUUUUUCGUCUGCAAUGAGACAGGAUAAGUGUUAUGGGCUUGUACUCCACUUUUGGAAGAUUGAUCAGCUGGUGUUGCUGAAGAAUGUCUUAAAAAACCCACAAAAAUGUCUUUCAUCUUGACAAGUGAGGAGGUGGAGAAGCAUGCGCUGAGGGUGAGCACUUCCUGAGUCAUGGCUCCUGAAGGGAGUGUAUCUACUAGUGUGCAGUCUGGGGCUUGUAAAGGGCAGCGUGGGACAAGUGUCUUUUCAGUGGCCUGGAUCUUUUUUGGUUUUUUGAGACAGAGUUUCUCUGUGUAGCCCUGGUUGUCCUGGAACUCAGUCUGUAGACCAGGCUGACCUCGAACUCAGAGGUGGGUGGCCUGGAUCUUAAACCACAAUGUAAGAUCUAUUUGUUAAGCUGUUUCUCCAUUGAAAAAUUAUCACGGCUCAGAGAAGCCUUCUCUGACAAGCUGUGGCAUUUUAAGCGAGAUUCUGUACAGGGAUCUUAGAACAGGCCUGGAAGGAAAUUGUUUGGAUCAACUAAGACCUUCAUUUUAGUAUGUUCCUUACUUACUAACUGGCCUUACCAGACACAUGGAAUCAAAGGGCUCUGUAACCACCUCAGCUCCUGGUAGUUAGCUGAAGAAGGCCUCGGUUUUCUGUUUAGGUUCGGCUUUCCCCUUGAACUCUGUCCUCUGUGCUCAGAAUUCUUUGGGAUUUUUUUUUUCCUUUGUUGAUAACUGUGGCUUGUAGUAAAUAUGGGCAUGGUUUAAUGAAGCAUUUCACUACUGGGAUAAGAAUUUGCCAUUUCAAGAAGAUGAAAGGACAUAGAAGAGGCUAAAACAUUUUGAAUUAAUGAGUUACCCCAUAGAAAAAUGAUCUCGCAUAAACCAAACAGUGAAGGGGAAGAAGGGAAGAACUUCAGUUGACACAAUCUAAAUAAAACAUGGCUUUUCAAACAAAUGAGAAGUUUCUUUUGGAUCGCAGAAACUAAACUAUUUAUUUGCAUAAUUCAACUAUUACUUGGUUUAAAUGGGCUUAUUGGGAAAUGUUACCCUUUUUACUAUUUUCUACAGGGAAAAUAUUUUCCACUUUAUCAAGUAACUCUGGACUUUGCAAUUACAGCCUGUUUUUAUGUUCCAGCUAUAUAGUUGUUUCUCUGAAAUUGUACAUAAAAUGUUUUUACAUUAAAAUGAAUUACUGUAUAAAGUACUGCAUUAUGCCAUAAUAAAGAUAUCAAUGCUUUAUAUUUA